GCUUCAAUGGGCUGGAGAGGAAGACCGGGGAGAGCGCUGAGGCCGAAGGGGACCCCACGGCGCUCCCCACGCCGGCCGAGCGCGAGGCCGAGGCGCGCUUCGUCAGCACGGCGCCCACCCUGAAGCUGCUCAACCACCACCCGCUGCUGGAGGAUCUGCUGCAUGAGGCCUUCCUGAAGAAGGACUACCUGGCCCAGGCGCCCUUCCCACCCGCCCUGCCGGGCCCCGUGCUGCCCGACGAUGCACUGAGGCCAGACCCUGGACCCCCAGCCCCCCGGAUCCCACCACACGCCCCUGCUUUGCCCAGGGCUGCCUUCCCCACCGCCCCACUGACCACACCAGCUGGGCGUGCGGGGCCGUGGGGAGAGCCCUGGGGGGUCGCACCGGGCACUGACCCCUCACAGCCCCCUACUGGGGGGUCAGGAUCGAGCCCCGCAGCCCCCAGCCAGUUGCCCACUCUGGGGGCCACUGGGGUCUCCGGGGAUGAGGAGGGGACCACCACUACCUCCACCAUCACCACCACCACCGUCACCACGCUGCAGGGACCAGCACCAUGCAACCGGACGCUGGCGGGUCCCGAGGGCUGGCUGGUGUCCCCAGAGCCAGUCAGUGCCCCAUAUGACAGCAGCAUGGACUGCACCUACACCAUCUCUGUCUACCCUGGCUAUGGUGUGGAGAUCAAGGUGCAGAACAUCAGCCUGGCAGACGGGGAGACGCUGACGGUGGAGAGCACAGGGGGCCUGGAGCCAGCGGUGUUGGCCAACGAGUCCUUCCUGCUGCGGGGCCAGGUCAUCCGCAGCCCUGCCAACCUGCUCACCCUGCGCUUCCAGAGCCCCCAGCCCAGCAGCCCCGGCUCCUACCGCUUCCAGUACCAAGCCUAUCUGCUGAGCUGCCCCUUCCCGGCACGGCCCGCCUUCGGUGACGUCUCAGUCAGCAGCCUGCACCCUGGUGGGGACGCCCGGUUCCGCUGCGCCGCGGGCUACCAGCUGCAGGGUGCCCACCUGCUCACCUGCCGCAAUGCCACCCGGCCCUUCUGGAGCGCCCGCGAGCCCCAGUGCAUGGCGGCGUGUGGUGGGGCCAUCCGUAAUGCCACAGUGGGACGUGUCGUCUCCCCGGGCUUCCCUGGGAACUACAGCAACAACCUGACCUGCCACUGGCUGCUGGAGGCACCCGCCGGCCACCGCCUGCAUCUCCACUUCGAGAAGGUCUCACUGGCAGAGGAUGAUGACAGGCUGAUCAUCCGCAACGGGAACAACGUGGAGGCACCUCCAGUGUACGACUCCUAUGAGGUGGAGUACCUGCCCAUCGAAGGGCUGCUCAGCACUGGGCGCCACUUCUUCGUGGAGCUCACCACUGACAGCAGCGGGGCCGCCGCGGGCAUGGCACUGCGCUAUGAGGCCUUUGAGCAGGGGCACUGCUACGAGCCCUUCGUCAAGUAUGGGAACUUCACAACCAGCGACCCACGGUACCCUGUGGGCACCACGGUGGAGUUCAGCUGUCACCCUGGCUACACACUGGAGCAAGGCUCCACCAUCAUCGAGUGCGUUGACCCCAGCGACCCGCAGUGGAACGAGACGGAGCCGGCAUGCCGCGCGGUGUGCAGUGGGGAGCUGAUGGACACGGCCGGCGUGGUGCUGUCGCCCAACUGGCCAGAGGCAUACGGCAAGGGCCAGGACUGCAUCUGGGGACUGCACGUGGAGGAGGACAAGCGCGUCAUGCUGGACAUCCGUGUGCUGCGGCUGGGCGCAGGGGACAUCCUCACCUUCUAUGACGGGGAUGACCUGACGGCGCGCAUCCUGGGCCAGUACACGGGUGCCCGUGGCCGCUUCAAGCUCUUUGCCUCCAGUGCCGACGUCACCAUCCAGUUCCAAUCUGACCCUGGUGCCGGUGUCUUUGCCUAUCGGCAGGGCUUCGUCAUCCACUUCUCCGAGGUGCCCCGCAAUGACACAUGCCCUGAGCUGCCUGACAUCGCCAAUGGCUGGAAGACGGCCUCGCAGCCCGAGCUGCUGCACGGCACCGUCGUCACCUUCCACUGCUACCCCGGCUUCGAGCUGACUGGAGCUGACCUGCUCAUGUGCCACUGGGACCUGACGUGGAGUGGCGACCUGCCAUCCUGCGAGCGAGUCACCACCUGCCGGGACCCCGGGGAUGCCGAGCACAGCCGCAGGGUGGUCUCCAGCCCCAAAUUCCCGGUGGGGUCCACCGUGCGUUUCGUCUGCGAUAAGGGCUACGUGCUGGCGGGCACCGGGCUCCUCACCUGCCACGACCGCGCGUCGGGGGGACCCAAGUGGAGCGACCGCCUUCCCAAAUGCAUCCCGGAGGCAUAUGAGCCAUGCCACAACCCCGGCGUGCCCGCGGGCGGGCGGCAGAGCCCCGAGCGGCGGCUGUACCCGGCGGGCAGCACGCUGCGCUUCUCCUGCACCGCCGGGCGGGCGCUGCUGGGCGAGGGCAAUCUGCGCUGCCUGCCCGGGCAUCCCUCGCGCUGGAGCGGCUCACCCCCCAUCUGCAAGGCGGCUUCCUACGAUGAGUUUUACAGCAAUCGCAACCUGGAUGCUGUGGCCAAAGCUGUGCCCUCAGGGACAGCACUGGAGGGCACCAACGUGGCCAUCGCCAUCUUCCUGCCCGUGCUGGUGGUGGCCCUGCUCAUCGGAGGUGUUUACCUCUACUUCUCCAAGCUGCAGGGGAAGCCAGCCCUACAGCUGCCCCUUGCCGGAUCCCACCCCUAUGAUCACAUCACCGUGGAGUCGGCUUUUGACAACCCCACCUAUGAGACAGGAGAAACGAGGGAAUAUGAGGUGUCCAUCUAGGCGAGGGUGCUGCAGACCCCUCCCAGGAUGCCCACGCCUGCUGGCCCUCGCCAUGGUGCCGGGCACACCUCUCGCAAGGAGACUCAGGCGGGAGCCACCCCCCACACACCCCAACCCGCCCGGACCCCCGUGGGGUGUCCCCCAGCCCCACUGCCCCCUGAUCCCCGCUCCGGGUGGGCACGGGGCGCUGAGCCAGCAGGGCUCCCUGGGCCGCAUCCUGACUCCCCUCCCAGAAGCAGCAGCCCCCUCCUCCCCCCCGGCCCCAGCGAUGGAGGAGUGACCCCUGGACGGGGCAGGGGCAGUGAGGAGCCCCCAGGGCUGCAGCCUGAAGGUGCUGGGGAUAGGGA